AUGCCUCUGGUUCACGUCGUGGACACCAUCAUUGGCCCUUACUCGAUCGCUUGGCAAAGCCUCCAGCUUUUGCAGACUCUUUCGAUCGAGGAGUCCCAUCUCGCCAUCUUCAAUUACUCUACUCUACCAUCCUUAACGACCAUCACGAUCCGUCCAUCGGAGGGCUGUGGACCCGAGCUCGACCUCUGUCCUGUACUCGGUCGCUUUUUGACGCCUAAGUUGAAGAUUAUGAAUCUCAAAGGCUUUUGCUGUGACACCAUUGCGAGAGCGAUAGGAAAUGUUGAGGAGUGGCCCAUCGUCGAGAAGGUGUUCAUCUCCCACAAUGGGGCUUCUUGUUGCGGCUCGGUCUUGGAUAUUUGGGAGGCGAUCUCAUUGGCCUUCCCAGCUUUGAGGGGGAUCAGCGCAGUCCCCUGGGGGCACCCAGUGAAUGGUCAAUGCCAGCUAACGAUCGCCAAACGGCGGCUGUCCUUAAUCGGCCCGUUUUUUGGUGCUGUCGGUUCGCUUCUGGCAUUGAGACUCGCAGAGGAGGGGGUCUUCCCGGCUCUUGAGCGCCUAUCCCUCAAUCUGACCAAAUUCCAAGGUGGAUGGAUGGGAGACUAUACUGACCUCGGAAUAUCAUUUCUGAGGAUCCUCAUCAAACUCUAUCAAUCUCAUCGGAUAUCCCCGCAUAGGCGGCUCCAGGUCAUCACGACUACUACUAUAGGCAUUCCUGAAGACACUUCUCUCAUUUAUCAACAGCUCAUACAAGGACCUUUACCGGCGAUGAAAGUUUUGAAGUUAAAAUCGGAUGAUGGUCGGUAUCGCAUUAUCGACUUCCUACAUGCUACCACUACCAAGGCCUUUUAA